AUGGCUCUUCGGCAUCAGGUCAUUCGAAUCGCACAAAAUUCUGUCGAAAACUUGCAGCACGGAUGGUUUGCCGUUCGUAAUCGCUCCCCGUCUGAGAUUAAGGAAGGUGUGUCGUUAAAAGAACGACACGCCAAAGAGCGUCAGUUCUUCGCAACUAGUCCGUGGGACGCAUUGCGAGGUGAUCGUGUGGGCAUUCCCGCCUUGAGUGGAUUCUUAGCUCAGUUAUUGUAUGAACACAUCCGCCGCGAAUUUCCAGCUGUCGUCGCUGAGAUUGAGCAACAUUGCCAAAGUCUCCAAGCCGAAGUUGAAAAACUUGGUCCUCCUCGCCAAUCGACCAUGGAGCAAAGACAGUACUUGACUCAGAUCUCAAGCCGCUAUCAAAAGAAAAAGGCGGAUUACUUGAGAGGCGUCUACGGGGACAAUCUUUCUCCAGAUGACCCUCUCAAGUUGAGAAUGCACAUACGGGACCUGAAUGACGCCUUUGCGAAGAGAAUGUCUACAAAGGGUCACACCCGAGCGUUCAGACGGACCGACGAUAAAAUGGAUCCAGAAUAUCAUUUGGGAACUACUGAAACGAGCACUAUCUACGAUUGGAUACGAACUUCAUAUCUGGAGUCUCGUGGCUGUGAAUUACCUGGAUGCGUUAAUCCGGCCGUCAUCGAGAACCUUUUCCGACAGCAAACAGCCAACUGGCGGGACAUCGCAAAAGAACAUUUAGCCAAAGUCAACUCAGCAGUCAAUGAAUUUCUCACUGCUAUCUUUGGUCAGUUAGUCAUUGAUCCAACUGUCCAGUACCAGCUAAGAACUCAUCUUUUACCGAUGUUGGAAGAUUCCAACAUGCAAGCACAUCGAACUCUCGAAGACACUCUCGAAGAUGAGAGAGGCGGCAUACUUCAGACCGUCAACCACUAUUUUGCUGAAAAUCUGACCAAGGCUCGAGAAGACCGUGUGCUUUCACGCCUGCGCAAGAUGGGUUUUCAUGAAGGACAUGCAAUGCCUGUCAAUCUCCCAGAACUCACGAAAGCAUUACGCUUGGGUAAUGACGAACAGACAGUCUACGACAUUCAUGACAUCCUUAAAGCCUAUUACAAAGUGGCCAUCAAACGCUUCAAUGACGAAGUCGUAACAGGGGUGGUGGAGCGAUCAUGGCUUGGCCAGCAUGGGUUCGUUGAUAUCUUUGACCCUGAGUUUGUUGGUGCGCUUUCCGAUGAAGAAGUCGCAUCUAUUGCCGCCGAGAAUUUUAGCACUACAAACACUAGGUCCGAGUUGAGGGAAAAGCUUCGACGCUUUGAAGAGGCACGACGAAUCGCGAAGUCAAUCUGA